AUGGUGGCAUUUUGGGGUUGCGACGUGACAGAAACCAAAGCUGCAGUCGUUGAAGUACCUGAUGGCUUUGUGCUUAAUGUGUGCAAUGCCACGUGUGGUGCAUCCAGUGCCAACGGUCUGGUAACUCUGGGCUUGGAGACGCAGCAAGUCGACGGCAAGGCCUGGAAAGGUACAGUGGCACACUUGGGUGACAAGCAGCCGCUGCAGGUGAAGUUGGAUCUGGUUUUCAGCCACAAGGUCAAAUUCUACCUGGCAAAGGGCUCUGGUGUUGUGAACCUUACUGGCUACUUCCAACUCGGUCCUCCUAUUGACUUGGUUGAAAAGGAAGAGAAAGCAUCCAAUGUCGAUGACUCUCUCGUCAAGAAGAACAAGAAACGUUCUCGAACAGAGAAGAAAGCAAAGGAAAAGAAUUUAGAAGAGGUGGGUUUUACAUGUGUGAAGUAG